AGACAAAACUGUCAGGGCUUUCACCGAAAGCCUGUUGCUUAGUCCCAUCCUUAUCAGUGCCAUGCUCAAUUGUUUGGGAGGAGACCGGGCCACCCUUUGCUGGCUAAUAACUCAUUGCCACCCUGAUGGUUUUACUUCAUCCUGUACCUUGGACAUCCUAAGAGAACCAGAUUCUUUCACUGUGGUUUUUAUGGGCAAGGACUUGGCUUCCAAAGUGGUGGGACAGAGGUCAAGUGUCGUGGAUAACAGGCUCAGCUUUCUGUGUUCACCACUGAGCAGAAAGAUUACCAGAGAGUCCAGUCAGGGUGGGGCUGGCACCAGAUGGGUCCUAAACUUAAGGCCUUGCCGGCCCUGGCCUUGGCUGUGAGCAGGAGCCUUGAAAGCUCCUAAAGUUCCUUUUUUCUUGCCCUUUCCCAAGGAGAAUCUGGAUGUGUUUUAUGAAACCAAACAGCCCGGUGACCGGAAGCAGGGGUCUCUGCACUCCUCCUGUGACCUGGGGUGGGGUUAUAGGGAGAUGGUGCCUUGCAGGAAAAGCAGAGCACAGCAGUAGCUGUGUGCGCCCAAGAGCAGCCGCCCCCUCCACCCAGGGCCUGCCUCGGAGCAGUCGCUGCCUGCUGGGGGCCCCACCCUGGUAUGCGCCUCUCCCACCUCUUCUCCCGUAGCUCCAAGCUUGCCAGCGGGGAGAAGAUAGACCAGGAAAGGCUUUGUGCCAACGAUGGGUGGGAACCUCAGAGCCUAAGGCUGCGAGGAGGAGAGACGGCUAGACUGGAAUUCAAGUGACUAGGCCAGGAAGAGCAUGUGGGGGAGCUGUGGCCCCAGCACUGGCCAGAGACCCUGGAGUCUUCAUCCCAGGGUUGGGGGCCAAACCUGCUGAGCCGGGCCACCCUCUCUCUCACACCCACUCCCAGCACCUGGGGCCGACCUAUCCGCUAGCGUCUCCGCCUCCUUUGCUUCACAACCUCGCAGCUCGUCCCACCCUACUCGGGCCCAGUACUCGGCUGCCUGCGGGACAGCACUGUAUUCCCAGCCCGGCUCUGGAGCGAGACCUGGAAGCUAUGGAGGUGCUGGUCCUGGCCGAGUACCGCGCGCAGAAGGAGGGCGAGCUGAGUCUGGCGCCCGGGUACGUGGUCCGGCAGGUGUGCGAGGGGCCCUCACGGGGCUGGCUGCGCGGAGAGCUGGGGGGUCGUUGUGGUCUCUUUCCCGAGCGCUUGGUGCAGGUAAGACCGGGCCGCAGGUCGGGUGGAGGAGGGUCUCAAUGCGUGCCCCCAGGAGUUGAGAGCCGCCUCCCCGCGCAAAUCUCCUUGCGUUCAUUUCCAGGAGAUCCCGGAGUCUCUGCGCGGCGCCGGAGAGGCGCCGAGCCCGCGCUGUGCGCGCCGCCGAGGUCGCCCCGCCAAAUCUCGGGGCCCCCAAAGAUGGUGCAAGGUGAACUUCAACUACAGUCCGGAGCAGGCGGACGAGCUGAAGCUGCAAGCUGGGGAGAUUGUGGAAGUGAUAAAGGAGGCCUCGGGAACCCAGACAUGCCUUCAGUCAGCCCUGGUACCCAGCGGCCUCCCAAGCUGAGCAGUCUGACCUAUGACAGCCCUCCAGACUACCUGCGGACAGUCUCUCGCCCUGAGAUCUACAGGGUCCUGUUCGACUACCAGCCUGAGGCCCCGGAUGAGUUGGCGCUGCGGAGGGGGGACGAGGUGAAAGUACUGAGGAAGACCACAGAGGAUAAGGGCUGGUGGGAAGGAGAGUCUCAAGGCAGAAGAGGAGUUUUCCCCGACAACUUUGUGCUCCCCCCACCCCCAAUCAAGAAGCUGACCCCACGGAAAAUGGUGUCUCGGGAAUCAGCUCCUAUUAAGGAACCAAAAAAGAUGAUGCCCAAAUCGGCUCUCCCUACAGUCAGGAAGCUGGUAACAGCUGCUACUGGGCCCAACAAAACCAAGCCUUCUUGGACACCCAGCGGUGGAGACAGUCAGAAGCGCCCCUCCCGAGACUUGGGCUCCGGUGGUGGCAGCUUCCUCAGCAGGGGUCCAGACCACCCUGGUAGAAAGGGAUCAAAAACCCAGGCUUCCCGGCAGCGCUCUGCAACCAGUCAGGAGGAAGAGCAGAGCAGCCAAGCAAAGGCCUCUCCUGUGAAUAAAACCCCCACUCUGGACAAGACCCCCAGCCCAGAGAAGACUCUGUCUCCGGAUAAGGCCCCCACUCCAGAGGAAACCCUGACUCCAGAUAAGGUCACCAUCUCCGAGGAGGCCCUGACUCUAGAGUUCAAGGCCUCAGCCCCAAAGAUCCCCACCCCACAGGAGGGCCUGACUCUAGACAAGGCUCCCAGCCCAGACAGCCUCAUUUCUGUGGAUGAGGCCCCUGCCCCAGAAGUCCCACCAGAGGAUGAAGUCCUUGGCCCAAAGAUGGUCUGUCCUGGGGAUGAGGCGCCCACCCUAGAAAAGGUCUUGACCCCUGAGCAGGUGCCCUCUGAAGAGGCCUCCAGUAGAGACAACACUCAGUUCCAUCACUUCUCUCCGGACCAAGCCCUGCUGAAGUUCAAGUCUCCUGUGGCCAGUGAGGCUCAAUGCCAAGAGGUCCACAUGGCAGAGGAGCCCAAUCUCUGCAUGAUGACACACCCUCUCGACCAGAGGGACAGCUCCCCAUUCCAGUCUGAGUCUAAGUCCAAGCCAGGGUCCAUGCUUGCCCUUGAGAAGGCUACAACUCUCCUUGAGGAGGCGCCUGGGAAGCAUGAAGGUACCCCGGAAGAGGCGGCACUCCCCAAAGAGCAGGUGUCCCCCAAAGAGGUAGCCCCUGCUCAAAAGAAUCCUCAUUCUAUCAAGUCGACUCCAGACCCCCAAGAGACUCCCACCCUACUUUCCCUGGUCCCGCAAAAUCUCACGGACAGCAAAAGUGACAGAGGCGAUAUAAUGAGGCUACAGAACGAGAUGGAGUCUUUGAGGAGGUCGCUGGAGCGGAUGGGGGUGCAGCUGGAGAGGAAGCUGACCGACAUCUGGGAGGAGCUGAAGAGCGAGAAGGAGAAGCGCCAGUUGCUGGAGAUGAAGCAGGGGACUCAGGAGUCCCGGACCCGGGGCUCCAUCCACGCGCAGACGCAGACACAGACGCACUGAGGGUGGGCCCGGAAGGGACCACGGAGGGACCUGGGGGCAAGUCAGGCUCCGGCCUCCCACGUCCUAGCACACGACUUUGAGAAACGCAAGAAAAUAAACUGCCGCGUACGCGCUCGCCCGCGCCUGCCUGGUCCGUGCGGGGGCGGGGCCUGCGGGACAGGGGCGGGGCCGGUCGGGCGCUCCGGGCCCUCCGCAUUCCCGGCGGUCUCUCCCGGGCACAUCUGGCCAACAUGUGGC